CAUUGGAUCCGCAUUCCCGCCAACGGGCUGUGGACGUGCCGUUACCCAGCCGAGCUCCUGCAGCGGACGUUCUGCCAGAUGCUCAUUCUCAGGAUGGGUGCCGUGCCGUGGUGGGUCUCUCUGGCCUUCACCGCGGUGUCGGUGGCGUUUGUCCUCGGCACCCUGCGGCCCAGCACGAGCCUGGCCGAGGAGAAAGAGAAGGCGGCCUGA